UUUAUAGAAAUGUUUUUCUCAUUAAAUAAGCAAUGGUUAAACAAAAAUGUUUCAAUCUUAAAAAGGUUUUCGAACUUUAACGCGUACACCUGCGAUUUCGAGAAUUGCCAAGCUUUUGCAGAAGAGUGUAUCACAUGCACUUUCUAUGUUCGCGUAUCUUGCAACGCAUAUCUUAAACCAGAUGAUAUAUCUAUGCACCAGGUGAAGACCCGACUUGUAUUUAGAUGAGUUAUUGACGAUAUAUUGCACGAAACGCCAUAAUCCGACAGACUCACAAAAAUCGAGUUUUUGAAAUGACAUAUAAAAAAAAGUUGGGCCUCAUUCUGGGCGGAAUAAUAAUUGGAGUUUUGAUUUGCAAUAUACUGCAGGGGAAUCAUCACAAGGAAAAAAAUCCUUUUGAUGUGAACAUGUUGUCAAAUGUUAAUGAAGGGGACAUUAGGCAUGUUAAACGCGACAAUCAAGAUGAAUCAACGGAGGUCAUCAGAAAUGCUAGAAUUAUCGCAAAUAAAACUGAUAAUGGGAUUGUAGCUGUGACGUUGGUGAAUGAAGCGUAUCUAGAAAUGACCUACAGUUGGUUAUGUAACACUGUCAAUAUGAAUGUUCAUGAACAAGUGCUUAUUAUUGCCUCGGAGGAAAUGACAUUGAAGAAACUGCGACGAGAUUGGCCAAACGUCACCUCCGUUUUUUACACGAUUGAAACGACUGAUAUGACCGAACAAGCAAAAUAUGUGUGGAAAUUGUUCAAUAGGGCUUUGUUAGCACAUGCAUUGCUCAGAAAUAACGUACAUAUCCUUCUGUUCGAGGUCGAUGCUAUGUGGUUCUCAUCUCCUUUCCCUCUGCUUCGAUCACAAUUUCAUUAUGAUCUAGUCGGGGCCCAGCUUUCUACAAGGACUCGCUACAUAGCUCCAGGCUUUAUUUUUGCACGGCCAACCAUUGCGUCGCGAGAUGUAUUCGAGUGCGUAAAAGACAACUUUUUGAAUGGACAUUAUAUUGCAGGUGAUGACAAUAUCUCACCCGACUUCAAUUAUCAAACAUAUCUUCAUGAUGUUAUUGUUUCACAUCACAAUCUCAGAUACAAAUUAUUGGACUCUAACAUUAUUGAAGAUGGGCUUUGGUACCUCCAGCUCCAUACUACUGGUAAUUCACAUGGGCCGCCACCUGUUGUUUUGAACAACAACUGGAUAAUUGAAAGGGACGUGAAAAUUGCAACAGCUAAAGAGUUCGGACACUGGUUCCUCGAUAAAACCAAUUCUUGCGACUGGAAAAAUGUUAGAAAAAAAACUAAACAAUGGUCAUAUAGAUGAUUUAAGUUACCACACGGUAUAUAUUGAGGAGUUAAUUAAUAGUACCAUGCUAGUUGUACUGUUAGAAAUAAUUGUUAAACAAGGAAAUUUGUUUAUCUUGAACAGUUGAGUAUUUUAAAAACUAUUUGAACAGUCAUUUUCAGAUAAUGCAUGAUUCCCACGAUUCAAUAUCACUGAUCAAUAAUCUAAACAAAUACUCAUUAACUGUCUGAACAAAGGUGAGAUGUUGAUCAUGAAAUCUAGCUUUUAGAUUUUUAGGACUAUAAUUUUUUCUUUGAAGUGCUCUUUUCUUCAUUGUCUUGAAAUGUGCAUUUAAUGUGAGCAAUUUUUAAAAAGCGGGCCCGAUCUUGGGAUAAAAAUCAAAUUCUGAAUCUGAUUCAAUCUGAAUAAAUGUAUUUCCACACAAUCACUUAGUCUGAUUUUACAUUUGAUGAUACAUUUCGGUAAAGCAAUGGUUGAACCAGCCCUGCACGAUGACUCUUGAUUGAAAACUGCUGCCACCUUAUCUAAAACCCUCUUUAAAUCCCAAGC